UCAAUAUGGUUCGUAUUUUAGUGUAUUCAUUUAAAAUGGCAGCGCCUAUGACUUUACCUUCGCAUCACUUAAAAGGAGAAGUAGCAGAAAACAGACCAGCUUAUAGAGAGGGCAGAAUACCCAAGGCUACAAAGGUGUAUACAGUUAAUCAGGAAUCAGCUUACCUGGUUGUACAGGGGGUACCAGCUCUGGGAACCAGUCAAGAACUCAUCCAGUUGUUUGCUGUUUAUGGCGCAGUCCAGGAGUACAGGAUAUUGGACGAGUUUCCGACUGCUGACAAAUACAAUGAUGUAUACCUCAUCAAAUUUCAGAAAAUCCAGGCAGCAAGGUUUGCCAAAAGGAAAUUGGAUGAUUAUUCAUUUUAUGGUGGCCUGCUGCAUAUAAGCUAUGCUCCAGAGUUUGAAACUGUAGCAGAAACAAGAGACAAGUUACAGGAAAGGAGAAGAAACAUAGCAACCAGGAUAAGGAAUCUAGGAAAAGAAACUCAAAAGAACAAACCGGAACUACAGGAUGAUCAGGGAGUUUCAGAUGUUGGAGUCUCCAGGAAUAAUGAUAGUCCACAAACUCAACAAACACAUGUUCAAAUCAACACAGACCACCGAAUACCAGAACCAGAUUUCAGUGCAAGAUUCCAUAACCAGAUUCCUGAAACAGAUCCCAGAUCCCGAUCAGGAAACAGGAUCCCACAGCAUGAUCCUUACAGUGCUCCAAUUCCGGAGCCAGAGCCGUGCUACCAUCUCCCUCUUCCCCCAAAACAAGAUUACGGUUUUAACCCGAAUCUUCGCGCAAGGAAAAAUUAUGAAUUUGCUCGUGUUCCAUCCGCACAUGCUACUUUACCUAGGGAAAUGAGUGAAGAUGCUAACAGUGACUUUCAACAUCAAAAGGAUAAAAAUAAUCUGAAAGUAGCAAUCCCAGAAAAAAGUGCAAGUGAAACUGAUACAGUCAAAAUAGAUGAAAAACAAAAGGAUGUAAAGACAGUUAAUGGAUUAAUAGUGAAAGAUGUUCCUCAGCAAAGGUCUACCCCAAAAUUCAUUCCAAGACAGACACUGAAUAUUGCAAAAGGAAAGUUAAAACCAGAAGAUGCAGAAAGGACCAAAGCUUCGGAUAGUCUCCGAGAAGAACUACAGCGGAACACUUUUUUACUUGGAAAGAAACAAGGACCAGAGACUAAAGAGGAGAGGAAAGAGAAGGCGACCACAAAGGAGGAUGAAUCUGUUCACCACACAGUGUCUCAGAUCAGGAAAAGAGUUCAAGAGGUUUUUGAUGUUGGGACAUCUGAAAAGAAAAGAAAAACAGAGAAAAAUUUAAACCUUUAUACACCUGUUACUGAAAGUUUAAAAAAGAAAAAAAAAUCCAAAUAAUGGACCCUUGUACAUGCAACAGCGCUCAUAAUAUCUCACGUUGUCAUGUUUGUGAGACACCUGUCCCUCCACUUUACUGUGACACCUGUCACAUCAACCUUUGUAGGACCUGCGUGGGAGAACAUCACUUG